AUGUUCCGAAUGGUUCCCCAAGCUCGAGCUGGCGAAUCUAUCGCUGCCCUCCUGACUCACAAUCAAUGCCCUAUCGCUUUCACUCGCUCUGUUCACAACGUCAAGCUAGUAGGACUCCAUAAUCAGUUAUUCCAGCCAGCUCCGGAGAAACUAAGAUUGCACGGCCUUAGACUUCAUGCUUCCCCUACUGAAAUAGUAGUCAAUCCUGGCAAUAAAGAGCCGGCAAGAGCAAUCGCUUCGGAGAAUACUCGAUACCCAAACUUGGCCAAAACUUCGAAAAUAGUUGAGACACCAAAAAUUGUUGUGGCUUCUGCCACAGCUCUAAUCACUGAAUCUCUAUCUGAGACACCCCUCCUGAGCAAAGCGACCUUUGGCGAGUUCAUCGCCGCGCUAGGCGAUGCUAUCGAAUCUUUAACUUGGAUUCAUAGUGGCCGUCCUAAUAAAAACACCAAAUUACCUCAAGAUACCGAAAAUACAAUAGAUGGAAGCGAAGAACUCCUUUGA